AUGGAAAGCUUCCUCAGGGAAUGGCGGCAGGAUGCCCUCAACAAGGCGCAAUACGAGUCGGCUAUCUUUAUCGGCGACAAGCUACUUGCAUUGACCAACGACGACCAAGACGCAUUCUGGCUAGCACAAGUCCACUUCGCGACAGGAAACUACACUCGCGCCCAGGCAUUCCUCUCCAGCCAAAACCUCAUCGCUCGAAACCCCUCAUGUCGCUAUCUCGCCGGCCACUGUCUGAUCAAGCAAAACCGAUUCGACGAAGCUCUCUCCGUUCUCGGCGACCGCAACCCGACGCAUCUGAUAGCCAACGGUGCGAGCAACAAGCGCAAAACACAGCCGCGCCAGACACGGCGUCGCGACCCAGCUGCCGAAGAGGAGGCUGCAAACAGAAGAUAUGAAGCUGCCAUGUGUUUUCUCCGUGGAAUCUGCUAUGCCAAGCAGAAUGCGUUUGACCGCGCAAAGGAGUGCUAUAAAGAUGCUGUGAGGAUCGAUGUCCAGUGCUUUGAGGCGUUUCAACAGCUUAUGAACAAUAAUCUGUUGUCGCCAGACGAGGAAUGGCAGUUCCUCGAGAGUCUGGACUUUGACUCGAUUCAUGUAUCGGGGGAUGUCUCGUCUUCACAGCAGGCUGGCGACUUUACAAAGAUGCUCUACACGACACGCCUUUCCAAAUACCGAAAUCCUGCAGCUUUCGAGACCGCAUACGACUCUCUGUCGACACAUUAUCACCUGGCAUCAAAUCCUGACUUACAGCUUGCGCGAGCGGAUCUUCUCUAUACGCAGUGUCGCUACCGGGAUGCGCUGAACAUCACAAAUGGGAUUUUACAAGACGACAAAUACAACUUUAGUGUAUAUCCAGUGCACUUGGCCUGUUUGUUUGAGCUCAAGGAGAAGAACUUGUUAUUCUUAAUUGCCCAUGAUUUGGCAGACAGUCAUCCUGAAGAGCCAUGCUCGUGGCUUGCGGUCGGUAUCUACUACUUUUCAAUUGGCAAGAUUCCCGAGGCACGACGAUAUUUCAGCAAGGCGAGUAUGAUGGAUGCACACUUCGGACCAGCAUGGAUAGGAUUCGCGCACACAUUUGCAGCAGAGGGCGAGCAUGAUCAGGCGAUUUCAGCAUAUUCGACAGCGGCGAGACUAUUCAUGGGUACGCAUCUGCCUCAAGUAUUCUUGGGAAUGCAGAACCAUGCGCUUAACAACAUGACACUCGCGGAGGAGUUUCUCAAGACAGCUUACGGCCUCUGUAAAACGGACCCUCUACUAUUGAACGAGAUGGGUAUAGUGAAAUAUCACCAAGACAAACCCAAGGAGGCAGCACAGUACUUUACAGCAGCGCUUAAGAUCGCUGAUGAUAUGGACAGCGAUCCUUCAGCAUGGUUAGCAGCCAGGACGAACCUUGGUCACUCGUUCCGAAGAUUAAGACACUUUAACCGAGCUUUGGCUGAAUUUGACGAGGUCUUGCGACAAGGAGGCAAAGACGCAGCUAUCUUCAGCGCAAAGGGCCUUAUUCUGAUGGAACAGAACAAGCCUGAAGAGGCAGUCACAGUCCUACAUGAAGCUUUGGCAGUGAACCCACAGGACAGUAUUGCGACUGAGUUACUUAACAAAGCACUUGAGGAGACGGUUUUGCUGGAUGGUGCGGCAGAGUCUGAAGCCGAGGACUUGAUAGAAUUCGAGCGUACUCUGGGACAGCAGAAGCAUGAUGCAGCUGUCAAGGUGAACGGUGGUCGAAGAACAGUUGGAAGAAUGGAGAAGGGUAAAGGAAGAGUUAGACGAUCACGGAGGAUGACGGUAUUGGAGGACGAGGAUGAUUCGGCGGAGAGAGAAGAUAGUAUGAUGGAAAUGACCGACGAUGAGUAA